CAUACUCACAUUUUACACACACUCGCAUAUUCGCAUAUUACACAAAACCUACUUUCUUCCUUAAUCGACAAAACCAAAAGCUCUUCGCGAUGUCAUCGGACCUGUCUGUGAUUUUGCCUCGUGUGUUAAUUGUCUCUAGACGAAGCCUUCGCAAGAACAAGUUCGUAGAUUUUGUUGGUGAAUAUCAUCUUGAUCUUAUAGUUGGGUAUGGAGCUGUGCCUGUGAUUGUGCCCCGGGUGACUGGGGUCCACAUGUUACUGGACAGCUUCGAGCCGAUUCACGGGGUUCUUCUGUGUGAAGGAGAGGACAUUGAUCCUUCACAUUAUGAAGCCGAAACGGGUGGCUUGUCGUUGGAGGAGUUGGAAGAGAUUAGGAAGGUGCAUGCUAGUGAUACAGCUAUUGAUAAAGAGAAAGAUACAAUUGAGUUGAGCCUGGCCAAGCUUUGUCUCGAGAGGAACAUCCCUUAUUUGGGGAUUUGUAGGGGUUCGCAGGUCUUGAAUGUUGCGUGUGGGGGCACACUUUAUCAGGACAUUGGUAAGGAAUUGACAAGGAAUUGUUCUGAGGAUCGAAGGGUGGUGCAUAUGGAUUAUGAUAAUUAUGAUGGGCAUAGGCAUGUGGUUAAGGUGCUGAGGAACACCCCGUUGAGCGAUUGGUUUAAGGAUUCUUUGGAGGAUGAGGAAAUGGAGAUUCGGGUUAAUAGUUAUCACCAUCAAGGAGUGAAGAAGUUGGCUCAGCGUUUCAUGCCUAUGGCAUUUGCACCUGAUGGGUUGGUUGAAGGGUUUUAUGAUCCUGAUGCUUACAAUCCGGAAGAGGGUAAGUUUAUCAUGGGGCUGCAGUUUCACCCCGAGCGAAUGAGGAAGCCUGAUUCUGAUGAGUUUGAUUAUCCAGGAUGCCCUGCUGCUUACAAGGAGUUUGUCAAAGCAGUGGUAGCUUAUCAGAAGAGGCUUAAUGGAACAACAAGUGUGCCAAGAUCCCUUAAACUGGAUCAGGAAAUGGAAAAGAAAAGGAAAGUUAUAGUCAGAAGUUUUUCCCUGGCACGAGAUUUAUACGCAGCUGGAAAUGAGAGGAAUCCAUUCAAAGACUCUGAACUUGAACCCGGGGCUGAUUUUCUGGAGUCAAACACAGCUCUGAGUUUGCAACAAGAGACUAGGUUAAAGCAGAUGGGUGCAACCGUGAGAAAUGCAUCAUCCUACUCCCAGAAACUGAAGGUAAAUGCGGAGAGGGAAAGGUUAGCAAAAAAUGUGAUAGAGAAAAUGUCCAUUGAACAGUUAUCGGAUCUCAUGUCAUUUUAUCACAUGAUGGGACAGUUAUGUUCUGAUGUUCUGGAAAGAAAACUUCAUGGUGUGGUCAACGACCUUGAUUCUUGAUUCAGAUUGUGUUCUAGGUUAAGUGCUUUGUUUUCAUUUGCUGUGAUGUCCUUAAUAAUUAAGGAUCACUCUGAAUGAUGUAUCGUUUAUUUCAAUAUUUUAGAUCCUUUCCUUCUCUUCUUGAUC